AUGGGCGCAGCUUCUUCGCGCGAAGUAGCAGGCGGGGAGAAGCCAGUUGAUGCUAGAAAUUGCGAAGCAGGGCCAGAUCUCAUACUGGAGACUUGGGUGCCGGGUUGGCUUUCAUCGUUGUCGUUUGGGGAGCCGAGCAUCUCCCUCACUUGUGAUGAGCAGCGCAACGUGCAAACUAUGGCAGAAGAAAUGCAGGCAUUCCGGGAGAAGGUGGAUGCUUACUUUGGUUGGGAUGGUAAAGUUCUCACUGCGCAACAGAAGGAGUUGCUGGACGCUGGGUGUGAUGACGGGAAGUCGGAGUUGUUGUUGCGCAAGAUAUUCACACUCAUCGCUGGCGAGCUUUUCCGAUCACACGGCGGGCAACUAUUUGAGUACAGCAACGGGGCUUGGGCCCCUGCGUGUCGUGGCUUCACCUCUGUUGCACUUGAGUUCAUUGUCAGAGCACUCCGCCGAGCUCAGGCGUAUUAUGGGGUCAUGUCGAGUGAUGAUCGGGGUGCCCCCCAGCGCAGCUUCCAGCCGGUAGCAUUCAUCAUCAAAGUGAUUCAGCUUGUGGGGGGCGACGCGGUCUUGCUGCAAUGGCAACUGCAAGACAUCUUGCCCAAAAAAACAGAGUUGAAGGCCAAACACUGGGUGCAUGGCUUGAGCGAGCUCUGCAAGGUAAUCCGCCACCAGUUCGAUGAGCAUCACAGGAACAUCCUGAAGGUGUUCCAUCGUUGGUCUGAUGAGGAUUUGAGUUCGAAGCAGCAGCCUGGACUUUGUUUCCGCGAUGCGUUUAUCUGCACUGUGGAUGGAAGGUUGCAGCAACUGAAGAAGGAUGCACGACACGGGUGCUAUGUUUCCAUCCCCACUCAGUUACUCUUUCAACCAUCCACCGAAUCCAGGCGUCGCUAUGCCGGUAUCCUCUUGUCGGCAUUUGCGGGGAGCGAUGGCCUGAAAGUUCUGCUGGAUCAAUGUGCACUCGUCGCUGCACGUGCUCGGCAGCCUGACAUCCUGCACAUGGUAGUCGGGCCAGGACAAGACGGCAAGACGUUGAUCUUCGUGGACCAUAUGCGUGCAGUGUUCGGUUCCGGUUUUGGAUGUGCGCCCUGUACUAUGCUGCAGACCGAGCGAGAGUUUCAGCAGCAAGGGGCCAACUUCAUUCAAUGUUGUUACAUGGUCUUUGAUGAGUGUCGGCGUGAGCAGGGGUUGGUGGAGGAUCUGGUCAAGGUCUUCGUAGGUGGCGGUUGGCUGCCCCUCCGCCGCAACCAUGAGGCAGAGACAAAGUACGGCCAUUGGUCUUAUGCGGGCAAGGUAUGGUGUCUGAAUGUGGGCGACAUACCGCAUCUUCCCACAGCCGAGGAGAUUUCCCACGCCAGGAGGUUUCGGUGCACCUUCAUGCGGAGCCACUUCACUAGCAACGGUGCAGAAGUGGCUGCAGAGCGCAAGAUCUUCCGGGCAGAUCCGGGCGCCAAAGCUUUCAUGUCCUCAGGGGAAGCAGUGUGGUGUUUCUACCAUGAUUUCUUGUUUCCGCAUUUGCAAAAGUUCGGCGUGCAGACCUGCAGCAACGCUCUCGAGUACAGCACAGGUUGUGGCAGUUUGGGCAAAGAUUCGGAGUGGCUUUUGAAGCGCAUGAACCGAAGCACAGACGCAGCCUGUCCAGAAGACCUUGUUGAUGGCAGUGGCAAACCAGGUCACACGGAGCAGAAUGUCAUGUCGCCUUCGGAAAAGCUUGUGAGGGACACGCACAAAGCCCUUGAGCUGGAUUUCUUUUCAUCUGCAGACGUGAAUCGGCUGACUGUGGCGUCCAACCCUGGAGUUGUACUUCCAAGGGGCGGGAAGGCACACGCCGCAGGAAAGAAACUGCGUGUGGACUGCUUGAAGGAAGCUAUUGCCGAAUUCCCAAACUUGAUUCGAAGUGUGGAAGGGCAAGUCCGACAAGGAGUACUGCUGGAUCGGUUUGAGCGUCGGUGCCUUGAUGUCGAUGGUUGGGAAAGGACUCUGAAAGGUGUUGCGCAAGAGGUUCCGAUAUCCGAUGUGUUCGGCAGCUGGAAGUCAUGGCCGUGGCGCCCCGAGAGUGAAAAAUGGAUUGACCCGGAGGAGGACAUCCAGAAGCUGGAAAAUGGACGACCUUGGCGUAGUGAGCAGCUUGGAAAUUUCCUCGAUGUGGUUGCCAAAGGGGCCGAGAAUGUUUCGGAUGGUGUGGCAGCCGUUGCGUUCAGGGGGCAUCAAAAAACUGUUGCGGGUGGAUCCAUUGGGCGCGUUUGCUUUCCUUGGCUGAGCCCGCCACACCUGACACGCGAGGCUCGCGCAGCUGCCGCACCAGCAGGAUCAUGUGAGUUUGAUAUGCCGAAUGCAGUUGUGUUCUUCGCAAGAGAGAUUGCGGAUGAAUUGGGCUUGACCUUGUCUGCCUUCCAGUUGUACGCGACCUACAAGGACAUGUGGCGUCAGGCAGUAAUGCAGUGGCUGGGCAUGUCGAUGCACGACGCCAAGAAAACCUUGCUGCGGGCAGUGUUCGGUUUCGCAUCUGUGUCCAUGGUAGGGGGCAAGGCAAGAUCGUGUCCUUUGUUGGACGGCUUGGCUUCGGAUGGCAAAGUUUUGAAAGAGGCCAUUGCGCUUGCUCACCCGGACCUUGUCGCGGGUUUAAGGGCUGCUGGCAAAAGCAGGCCAGAGACCUCUGCCAUGGCCUACAUGUUGUUUGACCGCGAAAACACACGAAUCCAGGAGUUUGCGGGUCUGCUUCCCAAGUAUGGCUUCAAGAUGGUCACUCCUGUGUAUGAUGCCAUUGUAGCGGCACCUACAAGUGAGGGUGACAUUGACGUUGUCAAAGCUGAGCAGGACAUCCUGGAUGAUUUUCAGGUCAGAAGCGGCAUGCGCAUGCAAGUGUCAAUUGUACACACGCCUGGGAAAGUAGGCUGCGUGGCCCACAUAGUGCAGAAGCUAUUGUCCGAGAACUGUGGCAUGAGAACAGAAUCCAUUCUGACAUUGCCAGGCUCUGGCAUGUGCAUUCCAGUUGCUGUGAUGAAUCUUUUCCCAUCAGUAGAGGAAGAUGUGAAGGAAUCUUUUCAGGGCGCGUCCGGUCCUUUCUCCUACCGGGAGGUCUUGGAAAGAUGCGGCAUUCAAGUGAAUGCGGCGAAAUUCCUGCAGGAGAUCCGUUGCCUGCAGGGUUUGAAGCUCUUCAAGGUUGACGUGGCGCCAGCUGGGGCGGCCAAACGCAGGCGCAAGCGCGUUGUCCCUACUGCUGUGGCAGAGUUGGAGCUCAUUGCGGGCAUGGACUUGGCAGAAGACAUGAUGUCCGUGAUCCGUUCUUCGAUGGAGCGGGAAGUACGCGCAGAGGAGCAGCGUGCGGCGGGCGAAGACUGCCACUGCAAGCUCUGCCCGUUCAGAACCUUUCAGCGGAGAGGAAGGGCGUUGGAUCACAUUCAGAAGUACCAUGUGGCGGCACGCGACUUUGUGGUAAUUCCUCAGCAGUUCGCGGUAGCGUGUGCCGUGUUCGAGCAGAGACAAGUCAUGCGUGCUCUACAGCCGCAGGCGGAACAGGAUGAUUUACUAUCUUCGUCUGCCAGGCUCAUUGCAUCCUGGGUUAGCCCAGAUGCGGACACACUGAAGUGCUUGCAGCGGCAAAACUCAGUUGACCUGGUGCUUCUCCUCACUGGUAGCGGGCCCCAGUACGUGCUGAAACCGCAGACAGCUGCGGCCAGGCGACUGAACAAAGCAAUGUACUAUCAGAAAGACUUCGCAGAUUUGGUGUUUGCAAAGGCCCUUCGGCACCGAGGCAAGAUCCAGGCAAUGUUCAAUGACAUCACAUCCGAGUGGGUUGCUCGCGGUUGCGAGUGUGCAUGGAUGGGCUGUCGACGGCGGGACAGCCGGACUGAGCUUGUGCAAGAAGUCAUGGAUCUUCCUUUCGUGAAACAGUUACAAGCUCAUCUCAUUAAGGCUUCCACGGAGAAGCAGGAAUGGAUUGUGUGCAGCCAUGAUGCCACAUAUCAGACCCUGUUUUCACUGAUCGGUCAGAAGCCCAUGGAACAGCGCGCGGAUGGUGCGCAUGCUUUGCACACCGUCAUCGGCAGGUCCGGAGCAGUGCCAGGCUUUAGCCUGCAACACACGGAAGGGUCAACAUGUUUCCGGGCAGCUAUAGCAGAAAUCUUGCCCCUGGCAGCACGUCAGACAGUGCAGUUCAUGUUCAGUGAUUCCCCGGAUUCUGUGGAAGGCGCCACAGAUGUUCUCCCAUGCUUGCAGGGUGUAGCAGAAGACCCUUUGCAUCUGUGUUUGAGGGUGGAGGCUUGCUCCGGUGAACGGCGAACAGCUUGCUCCGCUGCCUUAUUGCGCCUUCAAAUGAAAUUCCGCUGUCCAGUUGAAGGUGAUUUGUAUCACGGGGAGUUCGUGCCGGAAGAUGGUGAUCGCUGGGAGGGUCUCCAGCCUCGGGAGUGGGACCAGCUGCAGUCCCCGAGGUACAUGGACAUGGCGUACUCCUCACAUGAGGAGUACUUGGAGGACCUCCACGCAGUCUGUCUUCGCUUCCCUGAUGAGAUGAAACGCAAAGAUAAGAAGGGGCGGACCGUGCUGCAAAUCAUUCAUGCCGGUGGUUCUCAUCGUCAUUUCCGGUACCUUUUGAAUGGGUCACACAUCCACGCGAGACUCUCGCGGGUGUUGCCUAAGUCCCAAUUGCAGCUCUUGAGCUUUGGCACGUGUGUGAAUGAGGCAUUGCACUUCCAGUUGAAGUCCUCGCAAGAGGUCAUAGUCCAGCAGCAUGUGGAGGUCUUGGAGCUGCAUUUGUCAGCUUUUGCCCUAGCAAAGCUACUUGCUCACAAUGCAGCUGCGUACUUNNCCAACAAUUGCCCAGCGCAGAGAGUCGGAGGUUUUGUCAUUGCUGCAGGGUCGCAUUACGGCAGGCGUGCUGCCUGUUCUGAGCCAGGAGGAGGCCGGUGUUAUCAGAAACAGAGAGGAUUUGCGUAA